UGGUUACUUAUCCGAAGCAGUCCGUAUACUACCACAACCUACUAACCCCCAUCUCCUCGAGUUUAGCUGAAAGCCCAUUGAAUUGAUUUCUAGGAUGUUGAGAACUGGUUUUAUUCGAAGAGCAGCUUGCUUCCGUCCUUUAAAGGCUUCUGUUCCAUCCUAUCGACCUCUUUCUUUUACCGCUUUUCGUCUUAACAAAAAUCAAGAAAUUACAAAGUCUGCCGCUCAAGAGCUCGCCAGCGCUAAAGAGGCUUCUGAUUUGAUCGGCCCUGGUGGUCGUGAAGGUGAAGUUCCUACCGAUAUUGAACAAGCCACUGGUUUGGAGCGUUUGGAACUCUUGGCCGAAUUGUCUGGUCAAGAUGCUUUCGAUAUGAAGCCUUUGGAUGCUUCCCGUAAGGGAACCUUGAAUGACCCUAUCAUUGUCACUUCUCUUGAUCCCUACCGUCACAUUGGCUGUAGCGGAAGUCCCUCUGGCUCUCACGAUUUGAUUUGGAUGACUGUGAACGAGCACAAGCCUCGCCGUUGCCCUGAAUGCGGUUCUGUCUACAAACUGAAGUACAAUGGUGAUCCUCAUGCAUCUCAUCAUUAAUCGCUCUUUUUUUCACCGCAGCUAUUCUUUAGUAGUUAUAAUAAUAUCCAUUAUUUUUUUUAAUUCUCUUGCA